ACACAUCACAACCUCCUCUAAAUAAUCGGUUUCCUUUCCUUCUGCUUUUUGGACUCCAAGCGAAACUUCGACACAGGUUCCGGUCCUCAAAAUCUUCAGCCGACUUUCACAGAUCUUAUAAAAUCCUCCAAAUCUCUCAACUCUUUCAAUAUUCGAUCCAAACCCAGUUCUCAAAUUGCUCCCGAGUCCUAAAAAUAUCCAGUCUUUUUUGUUUUUGUUGUAGAAGAUGAGUUACUACAAUCAGCAGCAAGCUCCAGUUGGUGUUCCUCCUCCACAAGGGUAUCCUCCAAAGGAUGCUUACCCUCCACAGGGUUACCCUGAGCAGGGGUAUCCACCUCAACAGGGUUACCCUCCACAGGGGUACCCACCACAGCAGGGCUAUGCUCCCCAGUAUGCUCAGCAGCCCCCUCCUAGGAAAGAAAGUGACGGUUGCCUUCAAGGAUGUUUAGCAGCACUCUGCUGUUGUUGCCUCUUGGAUGCUUGCUUCUGAGGGAUAUCUUGGCGAUUUACUCAAGUGUCUGAUGUUUAAUAGUGUUGUUUAGUUUUGGAAUAUGUAAUGCAAACUCAAGGAAUUAUAUGUUGGAUUUAUGUGAGUAAAUUUACUUUUUGGAUUUGAAUAACAGCAGGUUUAUGUCAAUUUUCGGCAUCA